UCCGCUGUGGCUGAGACUUGUCGAGUCCGGUAUCUCCUAGGCGUAGCUGGCGGGGAGUGCGGCUGACUGAAGCCUUGUUUAGAUAACCCAGCUUGUGCUACCUGCCAUUUCAAGGCCUUCUGUCUUCCUGGCCUGUGCUGGAGCCCAAGACCUGCUCCUGAGGUCUACCCUGCUCCCUAGCUCGCCAUGGGGAACCACUUGACUGAAAUGGCACCCACAGCCUCGUCUUUUCUGCCACAUUUCCAGGCCCUGCAUGUUGUGGUCAUUGGGUUGGAUUCCGCCGGGAAGACUUCCCUUCUUUACCGCCUGAAGUUCAAGGAGUUUGUCCAGAGCGUCCCCACCAAGGGGUUUAACACUGAGAAGAUCCGAGUGCCCCUGGGGGGAUCCCGUGGAAUCACUUUCCAAGUGUGGGAUGUUGGGGGUCAGGAGAAGCUUCGGCCACUGUGGCGCUCCUACACCCGCCGGACAGACGGACUGGUGUUUGUGGUGGACUCUGCAGAGACCGAGAGGUUAGAGGAAGCUAGAAUGGAGCUGCACCGGAUCAGCAAGGCUUCUGACAACCAGGGGGUGCCUGUGCUGGUGCUGGCCAACAAGCAAGACCAGCCCGGGGCACUGAGCGCAGCCGAGGUGGAGAAGAGGUUGGCAGUCAGAGAGCUGGCAGCUGCGACGCUCACCCACGUGCAGGGCUGCAGUGCUGUGGAUGGGCUGGGCCUGCAGCCAGGACUGGAGCAUUUGUAUGAGAUGAUCCUGAAGAGGAAGAAGGCACCUCGGUCCAGCAAGAAGAGACGGUGACCCGAGGCUGCCCCUACCCUACCUGCUAGGGGUCAGUACACAUUAUAGUCAGGCAGGGCCUGUGACCUCUCAGCCAGCCUAGGUGCUGGACCUGUCCACCUCAGAGGACUGAAGGAGCAUAGGUGGCCCUGUGUGCCACAUGGGGGAGGGGAAGUGUCUCCACUGCCCUUCACCUGUAGGGGCUGCAAGAACGGAGACAAAUGUAGAUGCUGACUCUACCUCGGCCCUGGCCCUCCUUUUCCUUCCCUGGCAUUUUAUUUGGAUAUAUAUUUUUAUCUUUGCAGGGGGAGGGUGUGUCGAAGGUUGUCCAGAGAAUGCAUUUGGGGGUGAAUUGAGAACAUCUUUCCGCUCUCUACAGUUGGGGAGAAGGGUCUCCUCAGCCACUCCUCUCCUCACAGUUGUUCUGUGUCUGUGAAAGUGCCAAGAGUUCUCCCCAUGUUUGUAGAUCCCUGGCCCUUUUUGUAAGCCUCGCGUGUCCUCUGUAUUACUGGGUUUUUUUUCUUUGUUUUUUUUUUAUUUUUUUUUAAAGCAUUUGACUGUAAGUUAUUAAAGUUGGAUGAUUCUACCUCUUGUUUUG